CUUUCGGUGAAAACUUAUUCCACCCAGCUGCACAAAGACCAGCGUGCAGUCGCCGUCUCCCCUCCAAGCUGCCGAGCUCAAGCUAUUCUGUGGCCGACUCCAACAGAUUGCCCCCCUUCCCCAAACAAACCUCCCACCGGGACCCCGUGAACACUUGAAGCUGUGCGGGAGUGGUCCGGGAUCUUGUUGCCACAAUGAGCAGGCAAACGGUCAACCUUGACACCUACAGCCUGUCGCUGCUCACAGCCAAAGAGGACAUCCUCAACCCCCGCUCCUCCACCAACUGGGCACUAUUUACAUAUGAAGGGGUUACCGACAAGCUCAAACUGGCAGACUCCGGAGCGGGCGGUGUGGUAGAGCUGGCAGAAAAGUUUCAUAUCUCAAAACCUCAAUAUGGACUGUGCAAAGUGGGAGGUAUGGAUGGAGAAGCUCUGCGGAUUGCUAUGAUAAUCUGGGUUGGGCAAAAUGUGGAUGACUACAGGAGAAACGAAUGUGCCAACCACAUUCCGGCCAUCAAACACUUCUUUAAGGAAGCACAUGUUUUCAUACGAGCAGAAAAGCCAGAGGACGUGACAGAGGAGAGGUUAAAAGCUGAGCUGAACAAGAGUCAAAGUCAAGCUCCCACACAGUGGGUGAGGAGGAGCUCCAGGUCUGCAGACAAAGAGGAAAUUGUGGGUACAAACUACAGAAAAACCAAUGCCGCAAUGGAGAUGAGACUAAUUAACAGAGACUCCUUCUGGGCACGUGCAGAACGGGAAGAGGAAGAACGUAAGGCGGAGGAGAGAAGAAGGGCUGCAGAGGAGAGACGGCGCCUUGAAAGAGAGCGAAUUCUCAAGGAUCGAAGGGAUGAGGAAGAGAGAGACAGAAAAAUGAACGAAAAGCUUCAGAUGAUUGAGGAGCAGAGACGAAAAAAGAGGGAAGAAGAAGAAGAAGAGCAGCGCAAAAAGGAGAAAUUAAAAUGGGAGGAGCAACAGAAGGAGCGUGAGGAGGAUAUGAGGGCUCCUCUUAGAAGAAGUGAAUCCAUAGAAAAAGCUGCUGAGGCAGCAGCAUUAGUGUCCCAGCGCUCCAUGAACCCCAGAGAGUUCUUCAGACAACUGUCAUCGUCAUCAUCACUGAGUCCCACCAGUCCUGGAUCUUCACGCGGAAAACCGUUCAGACGGUACCAGCGCAGCCUGACAGACACAGCGUUCAUCUUUUCAAAAGCAGAAGACAGUGCAGCGUCCUCUCCACACACUUCUCCCCUGGUCUCCCCGUUCUCAAGAGCUCCUCCCUCCCCAGUUUUCCGGGCCACGUGUCCUCCCAGAAGCCCAGAUUUUUACCCUGUCACAUCCCCAUCGAAGCCCAGAGCCCCCAUGUCUCCACCCCCGUCACCCGUUCGGCCUGUCCUCCCAGUUUCAGCGUUGCCCAGUUUUCCACAAAGUGGCAACCAGGUUCAGGCUGCAGACGAACCGAAAGCUUCAGAACCGACGGAACCUUCUGCUCCCCCAGCUUCCCCAACCCUCUUAGAUUCUGCAUCCCCCAGUUUGGUAAAUGAAAACAUGUCUCUGCAGCAAACUUUUAACUUUGAGCCUUCACAGGUUCUAACAGACCGUCCUCAGCAGAACGCAGACUUCAUCGCACCAAGUCUUGUAAACACCAAGCUGGUCUCAGACGCUGGCUUUAAAGUACAAGCCGUACUGGUGGAAGCAGAUGAGGAAGAGGAGGAGGAUGGAGCUGAAACACAACCAGAGUUGGGUCCCGUCACCACUGAACCCGCACGGAUCCAGACAGCGGAGGUAAAUAAAGAAGAAAUACAAGAGGUGAAGGAAGAUGAGAAGGAGGAGCAAAAAGAGGUGGACAUGGAGAAAGAGCUUGAAGAAGAGGGUGAGGGUGGUGAACCUGAGGUAGAGGGGAAAGAAGAGAUGCAGCAAGAGGAGGAAGACAAGGAAGAGCAGCAGGUACAGGAGGAUAAAGAAGAGCAGCAGAAGGAGGAGGAUGAGGAGGAGCAGCAGGAGGAAGAUGAUAUGGAGAAGGACCUUGAGCAGGAUAUGGAGGAGGCGACAGUGGGAUCAAAACAGGAAACUGACCCUUCAUCCCCGGUGGAACAAGCAGAGAUGUUUGAAGAGGAGGCAGAAGAUGAAGAGGAGAACAUUCAUUCAGGAGACAGCCAGACUCCUGUUGAGAUUUCAGGGGAAGAGAAAGCAGGCACAGACACUGAACCAGUUUGUCAAGAUAUCAUAAAUGAGACUUUACGUCCAUCAACCAAUGGGAUGACAAAUGGUGAUUGCACAGAGGAACAAAAUGGCACAGUGAGUCCAACAGACACAGACUGCAGCACCCCUGAGUCUCCUGUCUGCUACAGAGUUCACACCACAACAGAAGAUGGAGACGUCACUGAGGAUAAGGAGCAGCAGAUCACAAAAAAUGGACAAGAGGAUUUAGGCGAGCGGAGUAUGUGCGUCCGAGCUCUGUAUGACUACCAGGCAGAGGACGAAACCGAGAUCUCCUUUGAGCCCGGUGACAUCAUCAGGGACGUGGAGACGGUGGACAAAGCCUGGUGGAGGGGGUGGAGUAAAGACGGCCGUCAGGGUUUAUUCCCCGCUAAUUACGUGGAGACCAUAUAGGCAGGCAGAGACGCACUAUACGUACAUCUACACACACAUACAUGCUAUCCCCCGACACACACGCGCACACACACACAUACACUCAGGGACACCUUCUCCUCUCUUGUUUCUGCAUGUUUUUACCUUAAUCCUCCCCCUGAAACUUUAUGCUCUCUUUUCUGUAGGAGGAAUAAAGAAACAUGAGGCGCCUUGUUCCGAAGAAAGCAUAAAGUAAAGUUUGACUCUUUAUUUUGAUGUUUUUUUUGGAGGAAAAACACAAGUAUGCAGAAAUUACCCAGCCUUAUUUUUUAUGGAUAAAAUAGUAAAGACCUUUUCCUGGACCAAAAUAACUUUUUAUUUUUUUUUUUCGAGAUGCAGUGGAAAUGUAAGUCGGGAGGAGAAAUAGGGGGGCGCAGAUGAUGGCAAACUUGCUUUUCUUCUAAGUAACACAAACAUGUUUUAACUGCAGUGCUCCUUUUUGAUCCACACAUAUAACAAGUAUACCUCUGCUCACCAUUUGUACCCAUAUACCAGGUACAAUCUUUGUAAUCAUCAUCGUGUGUCUCUUCCAUUAUUUUGCAGCUCUGCAUUUGCUACUGACGUUCACACGCCGCAGGUUAAUUAACCAAACCAGAGCAAGAAACAGAACAAAUGAUGAAAAGUCUGUGGAAAAUGAUGUUGAAUUUCACUCCUGACGUUAAAAAAAAACUUUAUGGGUUGUAUUUUUUCCUAUGUUAACGUCCUGUAUUUCAUUUUGUCCUUUGUUUGGUUUCCCAGUGUUUAACAAUUUCAUGCAAUUUCCGUCAACACAUUUCCAGUUAAAUCAUCUGUAUCGUCACAAUUCACAACAAUGUAUAUAAAAAUGUAUAAAAACAUAAAUGAUUACCUUCUUUUCUACUCCUAGUUCAUAUGUUUAUAUGUUCUAUGCUUGUUACAAUGGCAUUUCUUUUUGUAUUUACCCAAACUUACAAAUAUACAGCUUUUAUGCACUUAAACCACUUCAAAACGUU